AUGAUUCAAGAAGUGAUGCGCAACGGCAAGUGCACCACGGUCGCUUGUUUGCGCCUGCGCCGCCGAACAGAAGUUGCAGGUGCGAUUCACUCUAGGCUCUCUGUGGACGGCGAGCAUCCAUCUCUCGGCUUUAUUCUGGACAAGUCUCUCCAACUAAAUAGCAUUCAUCAUUUACUGUUACUUCGCCGUACAGGUGGCCUUCCGGUCCGACACACAGUGUCAUUCUCUGACGACCAUUGA